UUAACUGACAGCUGGAGCAAGUACCGUGAGCUCUGCGAAAUCAUGACCGAAGCGGAGCUGUACUCGGUGUACAAGGGAGUGUUCGUUCCAAAAGUUCUUCACCCUCCGGAAUGUCUGAAGUACUACGAGGAGUUCACCUUUCGUCCGGAUGACAUCCUAAUCGUAACCUAUCCCAAGUCAGGCACCACAUGGAUGCAGGAGAUCGUUCCCGUCAUCCAGAGCGAGGGAGACUUCACGCCCAUAGACACCAUCCCAAACUGGGACCGGGUACCAUGGCUGGAGGAGCACAGGGCGAACAUCCUCAACCUGGAGCAGAGGCCGUCUCCGCGCAUCUUCGCCACCCACUUCCACUACAACAUGAUGCCAGAGUCCUAUCGCAAGGUCAAACCAAGGGUUUUGUAUGUCCUCCGAAACCCAAAGGACAUCUUCACAUCCUCGUACCACUACUAUGGAAUGGCGUCCUUCCUGGUGAACCCGGGAACCGUGGACGAGUUCUUGGAGAAGUUCAUUGAUGGGAAAAUAAUGUUUGGCUCCUGGUUUGACCAUGUUAAGGGCUGGAUCGGCGCCAAGGAGUCUGACAAUAUCUGUUCUAUCUUUUAUGAGGAAAUGAUAAGAGAUCUCCAGGGGUCCGUUAGUAAGCUCGCCUCCUUUCUAGGUAAAUCUUUGAGCCAGGACAUCGUGGCCAAGAUAGCUGAUCGCUGCGUCUUCAAAAGCAUGAAACAGAACAAAAUGUCCAACUACUCCCUGGUCCCCACUGAGUUCUUCGACCAACAGAAGUCUGCGUUUUUAAGGAAAGGCACUUCGGGUGAUUGGGUGAACACGAUGAGUCCCGCCCAGUCAGAACGCUUCGACGCUGCAUAUAAGGAGAAAAUGAAAGGUGUCAAUUUCAAAUUUGAUUGGGACUGAUUAUGCCAUGUUCAUGCACAGUAAAUUAUACUGUGUUGUUUUAACACUUUGAGUGGAGGUACUGCUAAGACUGUGAGUGUAAAUUGUACCCUUGUGUGUUGAGUUAACACUGAACAAUUCAAUGUGAGAUUGACCCUUGUGUGACUACUUUCACAAGACCCUUGUGCUUGAUGACUUGUGCCAGAGCUGCUUUUUAGGCAUUUCAAAUGUUUUAAGAGGACAAUGUGCUUGAAAGAUGUAACUCCAAAACUAUUUGCUAAAUGUCCUUUUAGAUACAGUAAUCCUCCAAUAGCAAGUAUUAAUGUAGCUUACUUUAGUAACACAAACACAUGAGUUUCUCAUUGGUGCUUAACAUUUUUUGGGGGCAAAAUGAAUUUACUUCUGUUUUACAUUUCAAAAAACAAAAUAGUAACAUUAGCACUUAGGCCUACUAUAACAGUGUUGGAACAAAUGCAAAUGUGAAAAAUGUAAAAACAUGUAAAAGACAAUUGUAUUGCCCGUGGUGAUGAGCAACUACAUGUAUGUAAAUUAAAUUCUCUUGUUGAAUGUGAAAAUUCGCACAUCAUAUCCUAUUAAAAGUGUUUGUAUGUUCUCAUUAACACAUUAAAUGUUUAUUUCCUAGCA